AUGAUUGAAGCAGCGGUCGUAAUAAUCCUCAUUUUAUUCGUCUUAUACAAAAUAUGGGCCUACAAUCACCACUGGAAAUAUGUGAUGAAAAUACCGGGCCCAAAAGGCUGGCCCAUUAUCGGUUGUUCUUUAGCUCAUCUCGAUUACGAAUCGAUCUUCGAAGACGAUCGCAAAAGGGCAUUGAAUUAUUAUCCGAUUCAUUUAAUGUGGGCUCUUCAUAUUUAUGUUAUAUGCAUCGUUGGUCCUGAAGAUUUAGAGAUUAUUCUGGGCAAUUCUGUUCAUAAUCACAAGGGCGGGUUGUACAAGUUUUUGGAAGAAUGGCUGGGAACGGGAUUGUUGACCAGUAACGGCAACAAAUGGCAAACCAGGCGAAAAUUACUAACACCCGCGUUCCACUUCAGCAUUCUACCGAAAUUCGUCGACAUCUUCAACAAAGAAACCGACGAAUUAGUCACCACAUUACUCCAGAAAUCCCACCAAGAUUACGUUAACGUAUUAGAACCCAUAACGGAAUUCACUCUUUUCACUAUCGGAGAAUCCUCGUUGGGAGUGGAUCUCAGAGACCUGGACAGCGCAUCCUACAAAAGAGCCUUGCACAAAUACGGCGAGAUAGCCGCUUUGAGGCUCAUCAAUCCCUUCUACUACUUCGAUCUCUUGUUCUCCAUGUCCAGCAAGAGCGCCCAGCUGAGCCAAGCUGCUCGACAUCUUCACGGAGUAUCCACGAGCAUCAUACAAGCGAAGAAACGCUCACGAUCGAACAUCGAUGGAACAAAAUUGUCCUAUUCAGAGCGCAAGAAAUUGGCUUUGCUAGACGUUCUGAUGGAAGCCGGUUUGCAGGACGAGGAUAUACGAGAGGAAGUCGAUACGUUUGUUUUUGAAGGUCACGAUACAACUUCGAUGGCAAUUUGCUACAUGUUGGUAACAUUGGCCAAUGAACAAGAACACCAGGAAGCGAUAUACCAAGAAAUGCUGUCGAUCCUCGGGCCCUCGGCUAGGCCGAGCUUCGGCGACCUGGGGGAGCUGAAGUUCAUGGAGAUGUGCAUCAAGGAGUGCCUGAGGUUGUACCCCAGCGUGCCGGUGAUAUCCAGACGGGCGGGGCGUCGGAUCGAGACGCACUCGGGGUACACGAUUCCCGAAGGAUCGCAGAUCCUGCUGCGGAUAUACGACCUGCAUCGCAGCCCUUACGUGUGGGACGAUCCGGAGAAAUUCGAUCCGGAUAGGUUCCUGCCGGACAACGUGGCCAAGAGGCACCCGUUCGCGUAUAUUCCGUUCAGCGCGGGCAGCAGGAAUUGUAUUGGUCAAAAAUUCGCCAUGUUGGAGAUGAAAACGGUGUUGUGCGGGAUUUUGAGGAAAUUCAAAUUGAUGCCGGUCGAUAGAAGGGAGGAUUUGAAAUUCAAAAUCGAUUUGGUGUUGCGGCCUGUCGGGGAAAUUAGAGUGAAAUUCCUGCCCAGAUGA